UGGUCGAAAUCCGAAUUAGUCAUAAUGUCAUUUAGAGCAUGGACACAAGCAUUUGGAUAUUUAAUGAAACUGUCACGUUCAUUGCAGUCCCAGCAAUGGAAAUUGACUAAUCUUCCACGUUUCAGUUAUUCUUUUUUAGGUUCAACUUUUAUUCGACAGCAUGUGAAAAAUGUCUCCGAAAGGAUGGUUCCAUCAAGGCAAAGCACUGUCAGAUUUCUUGGCACUGUGACAGUGACCAGAGCCUUUUUGGGUUUGUUUGGCUCCAAAGAAAAGGAUCCCGUCAAAGAGCAGAUCAGACUAGGACACAUUGCCGUAGCAAGGGGAGACUACCAGGAGGCAGAUAAUGCUUAUCAUCUGGCACUUCACGCAGCGCAACAACAAUUCACAGAGAGAAAGAUUGACAAACGACAACUGACAUUAAUCAGAAUAUAUGUGUUUGAUGCGUUAGGAAAUAUUGCUCUGAAGAAUGGAGAUCUAGAGAAAGCUGAGAAGCUUUAUAAAGAGACACUAAAGGUAGCGAUAAACAAUGAUUUUUUCAAACAAACUGACAAUGGGGUAGUAGAGAUAAGUAUGCGGUUAGCUGCUGUUUAUGCCAUGAUGGGAAAAGAUGAAGAAACUCACUCAGGUUACCAGUUCUGUAUCAAAACUCAGGAAGAUAAAAUCAAAGCAAACCCAGAGGAAAGUCCUAGUACAUAUGGCCUGCUAGGGAUGUGCUUGGAAAGCUAUGCUAAAUAUCUACUGAAAUCACAAAAGUACGAUAAAGCUCUAGAAUAUCUUCAGCGAUCAGAAGAAAUUGUUGUUUCGUAUCUAGGAAAUGAUCAUCCACAGAGGAUUGUGGCCUUGAAUGACAUUGCAUCACUGUACAUUAUGAAGAAUGACUUAGCAAAAGCGGAGGAGAUAUUGAAAAAAGCUCUAGCCAUUGGGCAUGCGAAUAAGGAUAGCACUCUGCCUGUUUUGUAUUGCAACUUAGGAGCUUUAUAUUUAAGACAGUCUAAAAUAGAUAAAGCUCUAGAGAACUGUAAAAUGGGUGAAAAACUUGGAGAAGAGAUGCAUAAUCCUGAAGCAGUUAGAAAGGCCAAGUACUGCAUUGGCAAAUGUACACCAAAAUGAAUUUGUUGAUAAAUUAAUUUCUUAUUCCAUGAGUUUGUCUAUAAAUAAAUAUGGUAUAAAGUU